UGGCCCGUUUUCUGCUUCCGGAAGUUCUCAGUGGAGAGUUCCGCUAUAAACUGCGCGAGCGUCGCUGUGAUCUGCUGUAAAUCUCAAUCGUGGUCAAAAAGAUCCCCUCUGAGGCCAAAACAGAUAAUGGUGUAAGGAUCCACCCACCGGCUCCUGGUUGAAGCUCCUUCUGCUUGAAGUAAACUUAUCCCAAGAAAUGGAUCGCCAUCCCCAGCUGUCUGAAUCCGGUGAUGACAGCGAUGGUUCAGAUAAGAGUAUUGAACUUCCUCCUGUAUUUAACUGUGCUGGGAGUAAACCAGAGGAGAUAAUACAGUGGAAACUUCAAACUGUUGAUUCUUUCAAAAGAUCCUCUGAGGAACUAAAGUCAGAAUAUGAAAGAAAUCUCCCCACACUCAGUGGUCAAAUAAAGAAACUGAAUGACAUCGCUGAUGAGAUUGAAUCUGUGCACAAGAAAGCUACAGUGGGCAGUUUGGCUGGAUCAUCAGUUGUAGUAGUAGCUGGAGCAAUCGCUGUACUAGUGGGUCUGGCUUUAGCUCCAUUCACAUUAGAAGCUUCUUUGUGUGUUAUUGUUGUUGGAACUGUUGCUGGAGCAGCUGGAGGAGUAACACGUGCAGCAUCAAUCACUAACAUGCUCAAGCAAAGAAAACUACGUCCGACUGUUGAGAAGAUCAUCAGUGAUUUCCUGGAGAUACUCAAACCAAUGACUGAGCAUCUGAAUAUAAUUUCUAACAUCACUGCAGAUGUUCAACUGAAUAAUGAGAUAUUAAGUAAGCUGCAGUUUCAGACACCAGUAAGAGGUUUUGAUGAUGUAUUUAAUACUGCAAAAGCAGCUGAUGUGGCUCUAGUUGGAAAAUAUUGUGCAGAGGCUGCCAAAGAAAUCUGUGUGUAUGAGAAGACUGUCAGAGCUGUACGUGAUCCUGCAAAGGCUGCCAGAACUAAGCGUAAAGCAGCAGCAGCCGCUGGCAAACUCUCAGUUCUGUUUCCUGCUUCUAUUGUUCUAGAUUUAAUAGAGAUCUUUGAAAUGAAUCAACCAGCAAAAGAGAGAAAAGCAGAAGAAAUCAAAUCACAAACUCUGAAGUUUAUUAAUCACACGAGACAAACAGCUUCUCAAUUUCAGGAGACUCUAGAUAAAAUUAAAUAUGUCAUAAACACUUUUAGUUAAAUGUUUAUAAACAGCACACCUCUCAGGCCCAGAGAUCAAUGAUCACACAGUUAUUAAAAAAAGAAAGGAAAAAUGACAACAUGGCUUUUUUAUAUACUAUAUAUAU